UUUCCGCCGCCGCCAUCUCCUUCUUCCUCUUCCCCUUCUGAUUCUUCAUUGCCUCUUCUUUUUCUUCAUCUUCCCCGACCUCCGUCCAUUCACUCGUAGCAGUGCGUGUCGAUACCGGUUUGGCGUCGCAAACGACGAAUCCGAGCAACAGAGGCUGAUUAUGGCGACACAGCGAGAAGGGGAAGAGUCUCAAGAAACUACUACUACUCCGCCGGCUGGCCUAUCGGAAUUGGUGCGGGAACGAUAUAGGAAGAUCAAGGAGCAUGCUGAAACUUAUCCUUAUGUGUGGGCGUCUUACACGCUUGUUUACGGCGGUUUGGCACUUUGGACUAUUUACAGAUAUAGAAAGCUUCGUAAGACAGAGGAUCGAGUGCGAUCCCUUCAAGAAAGACUCCGCAAACUUGUUGAAAAUGAAGAAUCAGCUAACUCUGGUACAUCUGUUAGGAAGGCUCCAACUUCUGAUGAUAAAGUUCCUAAGUAGAUACACAAAAAACAAAGUUUACAUGCGGUUUGCAAAUGCAUUAUCAAGGAUUUUGUUGAACUAGCUAGUAAUUGAGGAAGAUAUUGUAUGGAAGUUGGGAGAAAAAAAAAUCAGAUAUCAAUUCAAUUCUUUACACUGUUUUUAUUAGAAUGUGGAUUUAAGAUCCUAUUUUCUUUUAAUAAUGUAAAGGCUAAAUG